CUGGAUAGCAUCGUCGCGCACCAGCUAAACCUCUGUUUUCGGUGUAUUUUUGAAAAAAAUUUAGCAGUCAGUGAAAACUAACAAUCAUGGCGAAUCGAUCAGCUAUCAAGGAUAUUAUUCCGGCAUUGCCCGAUGAAAAAAUUGACAUGCUCGCCGCAACAAGCGUCCUGCAACAGCAGGCUGCGGAUAUCAGGAAUCAGCGAAUCAAGUGGCAAUCCUACCUCCAAUCACAGAUGAUAUCGAAGGAAGACUACGACUUUGUAGUUGCUUUUGAUACGAAUGAUCCUGCAGCUCGAGAAGCAAAGUUGAAAGAGAAUCCUAACCAGGCAGCUAAAACUUUCCUCAAUCUGCUGGGCCAUGUUUCAAAGGAUCAAACUAUCCAGUAUGUUCUCAUCAUGAUUGACGACAUGCUACAGGAGGAUAGUAACCGUGUUGAGAUAUUCCGUGAGCAUUCAUCACGCAAACGGGAAUCGGUAUGGGGUCCGUUUUUGAAUCUACUAAACAGACCAGAUGGGUUCAUCAUGCACAUGACGUCUCGUAUAAUUGCCAAGAUUGCUUGCUGGAGCCAUGAAACCAUGGAGAAAACCGAUCUUCAUUUCUAUCUCACGUGGCUUAAGGAUCAACUGAAACUGAAUAGCUAUAAGUUUGAGGCUGUUCAGGAGGCAAGCUUGCAUGCGGAGAUAGUACAGGACAUCACACCCAACGAGGCCGGGGAUUCCAAUGAGCUGCGUGAAUUGCAGAACCCGAACAAUGAAUACAUCCAAUCAGUUGCUCGUUGUCUUCAAAUGAUGCUACGUAUCGAUGAGUACCGCUUCGCAUUUGUUUCGGUUGAUGGAAUCUCUACAUUAUUGAGUGUUCUGUCUGGAAGAGUAAACUUCCAGGUCCAAUAUCAGCUAAUAUUCUGCUUGUGGGUUCUCACAUUCAACCCUCUUCUUGCAGAGAAAAUGAACAAGUUCAACGUUAUUCCAAUACUUGCUGACAUCUUGAGCGACUCUGUUAAGGAAAAAGUCACCCGCAUCAUUCUCGCAGUAUUCAGGAACUUGAUUGAGAAAGUGGAAGACGGUCAAGUUGCAAAGGAGCACUGCAUCGCCAUGGUGCAGUGUAAGGUAUUGAAGCAACUUUCCAUCUUGGAACAGCGGAAAUUUGAUGACGAAGAUAUAACCGAAGAUAUUGAAUACUUGAAUGACAGAUUACAAGCAUCAGUUCAAGACUUGAGCUCAUUUGACGAAUAUUCAACGGAAGUAAAGUCUGGGCGUCUGGAAUGGUCACCUGUCCAUAAGUCAGCCAAAUUUUGGAGGGAGAAUGCGAGUCGCCUCAAUGAAAAGAAUUACGAACUACUGCGCAUACUGGUUCAUCUAUUGGAGACGAGCAAAGACCCGCUCGUUCUCAGUGUUGCAAGUUUUGAUAUCGGAGAGUAUGUGCGACACUAUCCACGCGGAAAACAUGUCAUCGAACAGUUGGGUGGUAAACAACGAGUGAUGCAGUUAUUGGGACAUGAAGAUCCGAAUGUUCGCUACGAAGCACUUCUUGCCGUUCAGAAGUUGAUGGUUCACAAUUGGGAGUAUCUUGGCAAACAAUUGGAGAAGGAACAAACAGGAAUGCCGGGAUCUGGAAGUGCGCAGGUUCCUGCUAAAGCCUGAGAACUCUAUUCUCUACCUCUCAUUGCACUUUCGAUCCUAUUUAAUGUUCCAGAUAAGUCAUGUAAAACGUUGUUGAUACAGAUUCUGUUAAUUUUGCUGUGUGUCUUUGAUUCAUCGAGCGAAAUAUUUGUUAAGCAUCUAAAUUAAUCAGGCAAUUAGAAAACUACUGAGUUGAAUUAUUAUAACGAAACAUUCCAAGUCUUUCGAGGCAGAGAUGUCACUCAAAAUUCUCUGAAUAUUCUAAAGAUAAAUGUCGAAGACGCUUCGCUUACACAUAAGAUAUCAGAAAAUAACGGAAUUUGAAUCAAUAUAUGUUGGGCAACAGUGGAAUUUGAAACACCCAAUGUACCACCAACGGUACUUGCACUAUUUCAAUCGUUAUUCCUUUUCAUUUGUCCGCGUAAUGAGCUGUUCUGAAUGAGUUAAUUGUCUAUCAAUAAGUAUUAAAUUGUUAUGUACAUAUAAAAUUAUGAAUACCUAUUCGAUUGUAGCCUUAUGAGCGGUGAUUGUGUAAUAUAAUAAUUAUGCUCUUGUAAGUAGCAGUGCAGAAUGAAUUGUAAAAUAUCAAUAUAGUGUCCAAUAAAUAUUAUAAUCCUAA